AUGAGUAGGAGCUGGAGCUGGAUACGUGGUUACGAUAAUCCAAUUGAAUACAAAAGUAUGCCGAUGACAACUAUUGCUGGUGAUACUGAAGAGUUAGAAAGAAAUGCUCACUCGCUAUCACUAAAGGUGGAACUCAAAUUAAAAAGCUGUUUAACAAGUGUGGUAUCAGUCUGAUACCACACUUGUUAAACAGCUUUUUAAGUGACUGAUACGAUACUAUCAGUUGUUCUAUGGCAACUACAGGUGCCAAGAAAACUUUGACUAUUCAUCAAGAACUAGCAAAACUUGCAUCGAUUCCUAAGGACAACUAUGACUAUUCAACAUUUUGGCGAGAACACGGGAGCUCAAUACCAAGUUUGACUAUUCUGGCACGGAAAUAUUUGGCGAUGAGUGCCACCAGUGUUCCCAGUGAAUCUGCUUUCAGCGUGUCUACUUACGUUUUGCUCAAGAAUCGGCUAGCGCUGACAUCAAGAAAUGUUAAAUAUACAAUGUUCUUGAAGGACAAGUUC